AUGGUCAGAUCACCGGCAUUCUUGCUGUUGGCGCUGCUUCUUGCGGCCACCGGCGAUAGCCUCACCGUGAGGCCAGACUGCCAGGAGAGCUGCGGCGGUGUCGACAUCCCCUACCCGUUCGGCAUCGGCACGGACUGCUUCCAUCCGGGCUUCGAGAUCACCUGCCUCAACAACACGAUGCCGGUUCUGCCGGCGUCCACCGGGGUUACACAGGUGCUGGAGCUGUUGGUGAUGCCGCGGCCGGAGGCCCGGGUGAUGCUGCCCGUGGCGUGGAUGUGCUACAACUCCGCCGGCAACGCCACCGGGUCCAUGGAAGGCGGAGUGAACUUCAACACAGACAACGUCUACCGCAUCUCCAACACCCACAACGAGCUCGUCGUCCUCGGCUGCAACACCUUCGCCUACACCAUGAGCUGGUGCACGGCCCACUGCGACGACGCCCUGAUCGCCGAGUACACCUUCUACAGCGGGUGCACCACCUAUUGCAACGACUCCCGGAGUGCGCGGGACGGAGCCUGCGCCGGCAUCGGCUGCUGCCACAUCGACAUCCCACCGGGCAUCGGCGAUAACUUGAUGAAAUUCGAAACCUGGUCGCGCAAGGACUUCAGCCCCUGCGACUACGCCUUCAUUGUGGAGAAGGGCAGCUACACCUUCCGGGCUGCCGACCUUCACAUGAACAACCAGACCAGCAUGCCGCUGCGGCUGGACUGGGCCAUCCGGGACAGCAACAUCAACUCCACCGCCUCCCUCUCCUGCGCCCAGCUCUCCCAGGCCAACAGCAGCAGCGCCUGCGUCAGCGACCACAGCGAGUGCGUCGACUCCACCAAUGGCCCCGGAUACGUCUGCAACUGCACAAAGGGCUACGAGGGGAACCCAUACCUUCCCCACGGAUGCACAAAUAUCGAUGAAUGUGCACGUCCACGAGAGGAGUUUCCUUGCAAGGGUGUAUGUCGCGACACCGAGGGAUCAUAUAGUUGCAUAUGCCGUUCAGGUUACCGGAGUAAUGGGGAUCCAAGAGAAAACCCAUGCAAUCCAAACUUCACACUCGCAGCAAAGCUUGCCAUAGGCAUCAGUCUUGGUAUAUCCUUGUUAGUGGUUGCUCUACUUUUAGUACUCAUAGUGGUCCAAAAGAAAAAACUGGAUAAAUUAUUUGAAAAGAAUGGAGGCAGAAUACUUCAAAAUGUGAAAGGCCUAACAAUUUUUUCAAAGGAGGGAUUGAAGAAAAUAACAAAAAAUAAUUCAGAGCUUCUUGGUAACGGAAGCUUCGGCAAAGUCUACAAAGGAAUUCUUCCUGAUAAUACCAUGGUGGCAGUUAAGGCCUCUAUCAAAGUAAAUGAAGCUACAAAAAAAGAAUUCGCUGAAGAACUGAAGAUCCAUUCACAUAUGAUCCACAAGAACAUUCUCAAGCUCAUUGGUUGCUGCCUGGAGGUGGAUGUUCCAAUGUUAGUGUACGAGUUUGCAGCUAAUGGGAGCCUCGAAGACAUUCUCCAUGGCAAUAAAAAACAAAAACUUUCCUUGGACUUACGUUUGGACAUAGCAAUUGGGUCUGCAGAAGGGUUGAGGUACAUGCACCUAUACACAAUUCAAGCCAUACGACAUGGUGAUAUCAAACCAGAUAAUAUACUUCUUGAUGACAAUCUAACACCAAAAAUCUCUGAUUUUGGGUUGUCAAUGCUCCUUAAAGAAGAAUAUUUUGCCAAAAAGGUGGUUGGAUGCAUGGGUUACAUUGACCCAGUGUUCAUGAAAACUGGGCUCUUAACACAGAAGAGUGAUGUUUAUAGCUUCGGAGCAGUUCUGUUGGAACUCAUUACCGGAAAGAAAAAUGUAUAUGAUAAGAACCAUAGCCUCAUCAUUGAUUUUUGCAAACUUUAUGAGCAAGAAGAGACAGGUAGGGAAAUGUUCGAUAAGGAGAUUGCAGCGACCGACGAAGAUAUCUUCAUCCUAGAAGAAAUUGGCAAGUUGGCGGUCGAAUGUCUAAAAGAAGAUAUAGAAGAUCGACCCGAUAUGACAGAGGUAGGAGAACGACUUGUGAUGCUUAGGAGAGAAAGAAAGGUUCAAAAAAUACCAAAUAGAAGUCCUAGCCUCUUUGAGUAUAUCAAUAUGGAUGAUUCUGCUAACAAUACUAACAUAAGUGGAACUAGCAAAGCUACAUGUUCGGUGCAUUCCACUUCAACAAGCAAAGAUUUCGAUGCUAGUCCAUAGGUCAGUAAAUGCAUUUCAGUGGCAUAAGAAGAUGCCAUUUAUCAACAAUAUAUUGUUGUACCUCUUGUAAGUUCCAGAUAUACAUGACAUUGUUGUAGUGUGUGGUGGAUACUUUGUGUGUGUAAGCGACCAAUAUAUAUUGAGCUAGUGUAUGUAUGAUAAUACAUGGAGUCUGUCGAGUAUUUGGCUAUUAACA